UGAAAUAUCUGCCUCAUUGUUUUAUCUGUGGCUUGGCAGUGCAAGGCCUGGAAGAUGGCUGCAGGAUCAGGCGCGUCAAGCGGCCAAAGUCGUGGUUCGUCUGUGGCCCUGGAGUCAACUUUGGACCGACGGUUUCAAGGAGUGUCAAACACAAUGGAAUCAAUUCAAGGACUAUCAAAUUGGUGCAUUGAGAACAAGAAAUACCACAGCCUUAUCGUGCGUUACUGGAUGAAAUGGUUGAGGAAAUCUGAGGCUUCUCACCGGCUCAAUUUGUUCUACCUCGCCAAUGAUGUAAUUCAGAACUGUAAGAGGAGAAAUGCCAUCGUCUACCGUACUGCCUUCGCCGACGUGCUCCCUGAGGCCUUCCAGCUGGUCAAUAAUGUUGGAGACUCUAAGGUGAUGAAGUCAGUGGACAGGAUAUUAACCAUCUGGGAGGAGAGGAGUGUAUACACAGAUGAGCUUCUAGCUGAGCUGAGGGCCAGUCUGGUCAAAGAGGAGUCACCUGCUGCUGUAGAGACACCUAAAGCUCCAGUCAACCCUAAGGCUGCUCUUCAAUCUAAGAUUGUAGCCGAAUUUGUCCCCCAGGCGUUCAUCGAUCACCUCUCUAAGCACCACAGCUCUGUGGAGGAGGUGGAGCUGAAGGAGAAACAGCUGGCAGCCAUGAGGGUGGACGUCUGCAGCACCGAGGCCCUCAAGAGAUUGAAAGAUAAGGCAGGAGGAAAGAGGCACUCCAAGGACUUUGAGGAUGGCAGUGCGAAGCUAAAGGAGUUUGUUGCCUUCCUUGACCGGCAGAUCAAAGGAGGGCCCCCUCUGUUGGAUGCUCUUGGCAACGCAGACAUUUUCUACGAGAUGCAGUAUAAGGAGGUCAAGAUAGUCGCCAAUGCCUACAAGACGUUUGCCAACCGGGUGUCCCACCUCAAGCGUAAGCUGGACGGCCUCAAGGCCACCUUACCAGACCUGGAUGAGUCGCCCAUCCCCUCGCCCUCGAUGGACGCCCCCUCCCCGAAUGGCUCAGAGUCCCCGUUCCAUGGCCUGGCCGACCCAGACUCCGACCUGGAUGGCCUGGCCAUGGAUGAUGAGGCGGACAUCACUCUGGGGGAAGCACCCAGCCCCCUGUCCUCCCCUGGUGGCUCCCCCAAGCAGGGCUUCACUGUCGGGGAGUCAGACAACCGCGACGUGGAGGACAUGGAGCUCUCGGAUGAGGAGGCAGAGAGCGUCGGUAUCAUAGUUGAGGAGCGAGUUGAAAGUCCCAUCCCAUCUCCAGUCCCCAUUCCUAUGUCUGUUGUCACACAGCCGCCACUGGCCACAGAGGCAAAGCCUGUUCCACAGGCCACACCCUCCCCAGCUCUCGUGACCCCAUUGACCCCUACAACCAACCUAUCGGGCAACCUCGCCAAUGUGGACCUGGGUAAAAUUAGCUCUAUUCUCAGCAGCAUCACCUCUGUCAUGAAGAAACCAGGAGUGAGUCCAGGUGGUUCUUUGGCCUCCCCCUCCUCUCCAGCCAAGACCACCCUUCCUGCCCCAGUAGCCCCCCAGGUAGCCAUCCCUCUGGCCAGCAUCCUGUCCAAAGUGGACAUGACUUCUGAGGCGCUCCUCAGUGCACUCUCCAAAACCCAGGGACAGGCCGGCGGGCUACAGGGUCUCUCCACUCUUCUGAACAGCCCAGCGGGAAACCUCUCCUCAAACUCCCCCAGUACAGGCAAGCUCCCCCCCUCCACCCCUACAGUACCCUCUCGAGGCCUUCCUCUCGCCGCCUCUAUGCUCGAGCUAACACCAUCAGCCCCUGCAGUGGGGAACACCACCACCGUCCCUCAAGCAGUGUCCCUUCCCCAGCCCACACUGCCUCUAGCCAUCGGCCCUCAUAGAGGGCUGGUCCUGGAGCAGGAGAAGGAGAAGGAAGAAAAGCCUUCCGCUUCCAGCCUGGAGUCCAAGAUCCACAGCUUUCUGCAGGGUAACCCUGGCUUUAAUGCCUUUAACCUGGGCUUGACUAGCGAGGCCGUCCAAGCGGGAGGCCGUGACCUCAGCCCCUUAGCGGGGACAGAGACCCAGGAGGGCACCCCGGUACGGGAUGAGGCCGGAGGAGGCACCCCCACCCUGGAUGAGAUCAUGGACACUCCGGGGGAAGCAGAGCCCUUCCUGGCCAAGCAAGGUCAGGUCUCCACUGGGGGAGUUCCUAAACCAACAGAUGGCAACCUGUCUCUGUCUCCAACUGCCUGCCACAACCAAGCCUGGCAGGGUCCCAACAACACUCAAGUCCAUUUAGGACUACAUCCAGGUGCUCCGAAUGGGCAGGGGUACCCCCAGUUGCCUUAUGAAGGGAAGGAAGAGAUGCAUGGAAUAGCUCCUUCCCUCAGAGAGUCUGGAUUGGCCCAUUACCAGCCCAUCACAACACAGGUGUCAGCCCCAACCCUCGGGGAGGGGUUACCCAGUAACACACCAGGAGGGCCUCAGGCAAGACCAAGCGCCAGUGUGAGUGAAGGAGGAUGGUAUGGUAAUCCCUACCCAGAGGGACAGGCCCUGCAUCCCAGCAACCACAACAUGGCUGCCUCAGGGGCUGGAGAUGGUAAAACCCCCAUGUCAGGACCGUAUGCAUACCAGGGGGAGGGGCAGACGCAACCCUAUCAAACAAAGGAUCCUCAUGCUCUGCCUUUCCAACAGGGGGCCAACCCCUCAAGCUUCCUCACCAGCCCUCUGCCCCCCAUUCCCCAGCUGCCCCCACCGCCCUUUCCUGGGAUACCAGCCCCACCACAGGACUACCAGGGCCCGCCCGCGUCUGUGAUGGUGGGUGGUUUGAUGGUGGAGCGACCCUCACCAAACCCUGAGAUGGAGGAUGACAGGGCGGGCAUUAGUGCACUGGGCGGUCCAGGGAUUAUCAGUGACCCCUAUCACCCUGAUGACUUUCGCCGCCACCCAGAUGUCCUUCAUCGCCACGCCGAUGACCCAUAUCACCCUGACGAUUUCCGUCGUCACCCCGAUGACCUCCACCGCUAUUCCGAUGAUCUACGCCGUCAGCCUGACAACCUGCAUCACCUUGACAACUUCCGUCACCAUCCCGACGACCUACGUCACCCAGACGAUCGCUAUUAUCACCCAGACGAUUUCCAAAAUCUACCUGUAGACGAUCCUCAUUAUCCUUAUAGAGUCAGAGAGCGCCUCACUCCCCCUCCCUCUCCCUCAGAAGACCCUUAUUACUAUAACUACCCCCCGCGCAGCCCUUCCCCUCCAUAUGGUCACAGACGCCCCCUUCCCCCUCACAUGAACCUGCACCACCAUGACCACAUGCCCCUGCCUCCCCAUCCUCCACACAGUCUUCUCCGCCCAGCUCAACAUCCACACCUGAGAGGCCUCCCACGGGGUCCCCCACGCCCGCCUCUCCGUAGCCCCAUGCUCAGGGGGAAACGGCCUGGGCCUCCUUUCGGUGGACACCCCAGAGGUGGGGGACCAGGUGGUCCGUUCUUUCCCCCCAAAAGACCACACCUACCUCCGCGGUUCUGACUUGUCAACUGACUUAGGUCACAUCAAAUGACAGUGCGUAGUCUACCGAAAUGUCAUUGUGGCAGUGGGCGUGACACAUGGAGGGUAGAAGAGGAGGAGGAGGAGAAGAGAUGAGUUGGGAAAGAAGUUGAAUACUUUAGUUGUACUUUUAAACCAAGAAGGGGAGCGGCGAAGAGGCCUGAGAGGAAGAGGGGGAUAGAUGAGUACAAUUUGAAGGAGAAGUGGAGGAGUAAAUUGGGAGGAUCUUAAGGAAUCGAACGAAGAGCGGAUGAGUGAAGACAUGGAUACAUGGAUCUGGAGAAAGAGGGAAUGGAGAGGUCGGCCUGAACAACGGAGACGCAGCAGAAUAAAAGAAAAUAAGAGGUGGAUAUAUAAUUCAGUUUGAUAUUUGUUCGAAUAUAAAACAUUGCAUUAAAUCUCUAAUUCAUAUUCCCCUCUGAAUUAGCUCUAAGCAUGCAUAUAUAAUUGUGUGCAUGCGUUAGCGUGAGUGAGUUAAAUCUAAAACUACUGUUCAUUAUUUAAACUGCAUUUUAAGACGUUAUUCUUUUUGCAAAGUAGGCCUAAGUGUCAGAGAAGAGUAGUUACUGCUAUGUUUCUCUUCUUGUAAUUUUUCAAUUAAAAGUUGAGGCCCGCUUUCCCAUUGCAAAGACCUAACCAUAAUCCCGACAGCUGAGAUAAUUGCUCCUAUGUAGUCUCUUUUUGUUUACACUACAUUUUAUGUAAGUAGACACAAAGAGAAUGUAAACUUAAUAUUAUCUUUCCUUCAACAAUAUCCGUUUGUGUAGCUGAGGGGGAAAUGAUGAUAAAUUCCAUAAAUGUUAUGACUUUGAAUAUUAUUUAUAUUUGUUAAGCAACACUUUGUUCAGUGUACAUAGUGCGAAUGAUUGAACCCUUUACUGGCUGUGUCAUCACUUCUCAUUUCUCAGAGAAGGAUGACACCAGCACAGGGGAAAUAGAGUAAAACAGGGCUUUGGGUGGCGGGGGGUAUUUUUGUUGUCCCUAAACGACAAAGAAGACAAGAAGUUCAUUUUGGAGUUGGAUCAAGAAACUCCACUUUCCGCCUUCAACUACCUUUUACUUGUACUGACUUUAAUAAAAACCUGAGUUUGAAAACA